AUUCAGCCUCUUAGGGUUUCUUCAGAAUCUGGAUUGUGAUUUAUUAACAUGCAUGCGUUAUGUUUAUUCAUUUUGUGUUUAUGUUUAAUAAAGUGUAGUAUUCGAGUUUAGAUCUAUGUAAUAAUGAGGCUAAUGUGUUGUUGGUGUAUGUGAUUACAUUCAAUUAUUUUGUUUUGUUAAAUUAUUACCGGUGUUGACGUGUCAGUGUCAUGUUUGAUGUAUGUGUUUGCGUUGAAGCUUCGCAGGUUUAGAUCGUGGAGUGAUUUGUAAUGAGGUGUAAUUGUCUGAUGUGGUGGUGGAUAGUGUAUUGAAAUGAGGAAGUGGAGUUAAGAGGGGGAAAUGGGUGUAAUUGUUUGAUGUUGUUGCAACUUGGCAUGUAAGACCGAGGGUCGUCUUUAAGGGUGUGUAAGGCGGCCUAUAGCACAUAGCCUCAUGCUUUUUCAUGAUUAAACUAGGACAAAAGGGUCUCUAUACACAUAUUCUACGAUUAAUUUAUGGUUAAAUAGGUCCCUUAAAAAAAUUCACUACUCAACUGAAGCUAAUUUCAGCUUCUUACACAGGGCCUCUCAAAAGUUUGAGACGGCUCUGCUAAGACUCAGAAAGUGGGAUUUGAACCUUUUUUUUUGUGAAUCUGAUUAUUGAAUGUUUGUUUUCUGUUUUACUUGUGAAUCUGAUUACAAAGUUAUUUGAAUGGGAUAAAAUUGACGUUUGAGGUAUUAUGUUGCUGUCAGCUUGAAUGGAUGUUCUAAUUGGUUUGCAUUGAGUAUAUUGUUAGCUCAAGAUACAUGUUGUGAUUGCAUACCUUUUUUUCUAAAGCUGUUAGUUAAUGUGAAAAUUUUAUUUGAUGGAUGGUAGGGUGAUGUGAUGGUGAUUGAAGUUUACUCUUUCUGUGUGUUUCUUGAUUUUUUAUUUAUAUGUUUAUUGAUUUAUUUUGAGACGCGGUGAUUUCUGGAGAGAGCACAAUUUGACAUGGGUAUAUGACUUAUGGGAAUUAUAUGCAAACUGUGAACUUUGUUGAUAGGUUGUACAAUGAUGAUGUUUUGAGUGCCGGCAAAAAACAAGGGACUUUUGUGCUGCGUGUAAGAAUCCAAGGAACGGGAAGCCUUGUACGAUUAGGUUCUGCCACAAGUGCCUCUUGAAUAGAUAUGGGGAAAAGGCAGAAGAGGUUGUUUUAUUGAAUGAUUGGAUGUGUCCUAAGUGCAAAGGCAUUUGUAACUGCAGUUUUUGCAUGAAAAAAAGAGGGCAACAGCCUACUGGUUUACUAGCUCAUACAGCCAAGAAAUCCGGUUUUAACUCCGUGUCAGAUAUGCUUCGCAAGAAGGCUUCUGAAGGUUCGGAAUUGAACAGUGCUGCUGUUUUGCUUAAAGAGGAUGCUACUUUGAAAAAGGAGCUUGUAUUGGGUCUAUCAGGGGAACCUGAGAAGGAGAACACCUUAGGUAAAAUUAAUGCUUUAAAGGAUGGUGAUAAGAAAAGCAAGAAAGUGAAGCGGGAAAACUUAAAGGAAAUAUCUAAUGGCAGCAGUGUUGAUGAUGUUUGCCAAAGCAAGAAAUCAAAAAAGGCUAAACUGUGUAACGGAAAUGAUAAAAUGGAAACAAAUGUUGAGGAGGAUCAUGAAAAACUUAAGGAAGAGAUUCCUUUACCCAUGGGCACCGAAAUUACAAAAAUAUUAGACAUUGAGCUUGCACCAGAAGAUGUUGGGAAUGCAUUGCAGUUUUUAGAAUUCUGCAGAGUGUUUGGAAAGGCUCUUGAUGUCAACAAAGGAGAGGCGGUAGCUGUUUUAAGAGCAUUGAUACGUAAGCAAAAUUUGCGACGUGGACAAAAUACCUUAGUGGUUGAGUUUCAAAUCAAAUUGUUGACUUUUAUAGUAUCUGAUUCAGAAAUUGAGUCUUCACCCUUGACUGCUAGCAGUGGAAAAAAUUCAUGGUUGAAAGUUCUGGAGGAAUUGAUUACUGAAUCUGAUCUUAUACUAAAAGAAUUUCCUUUGGAUUGGCUUAGUAAAGGUAUUAGCGGAUAUUAUGAUUUGGACUUAUCGAAAAAGCUUAUCCUUCUGAAUUUUAUCUGUGAUGAAGCUCUAGGCACAAUGAAGCUAAGGAGUUAUAUUGAUGAUCAAAAUGAAAAAUUUGCCGAAGAAAAGAAAGCAGCAAAAGCUAAGGUUACUGAAGCUAAGGGAAAGGAAAAAAGUCUUAAGCAAAAGCUGCAAGACGAGAUGGCAAAAGCUAUUGUAUCAAAUGGAGCUAACCUCUCAAUUUCAGAACAUGAUGCUCUUCUUGCAACAAUAAAAAGUGAGGCAGCGAAAGCUCAUACUGAGUUGAUUGAGGCACAAGGCACAGUUCCUAAAGGGAACCAAUGUUGUGAUGCAGUGAGAAUUGAACAUCAGUACAUGGAUAACAGUUGCAAGUCAUUCUGGAAAUUAAGAAGCUGUGAUGAUGAAUAUGCUUUCUUGUUACAAGAUAUCAAGAUCGAUAAUGGCGAAGAUGCUGCGAAAGUUGAUGAAAAAUGGUUUGCUUAUGGAGCUGAGCAAAAAGACGAAAUUGAUAAGUACAUUUCCUCUAGGAGAGAUUGGUUACCAAAGCUGACUUCAGGAUAAUUGUUUGACAGAUUGAAGGGUCCUUCCAAUUUUUUGGUGAUAGUGACAAGAGUCUUUGGUUUUUGAAUGUAAUUAAUCAUGUUUAAUAGUUGGAUUAUUUCAUUUCACUCUAACUCUUCAAAUAGCAAGGAUGCAAUAUGCAGAUGAACCAAAUAUUGAAGAUGUUGUAUAUCUCUUGUAUGAUGAUUCUACUUUGGCGUAAAUGUAAUGAAUGUUUGAUCCUUUA